AUGGCGCUUGAUGCACUUGAUCAAUUUAUAUAUGCUGUCUUGGGUUCAAAUAGGUUGCAAGACUAUAAACAAUCCAAGUCUCUUGAAACAUCACAGGAAGUGAGACCUUCUACCAUUUUUAUUCUCAUUAUCAAUAAUUGUAACGACAACGAUAAAGGGAAUGAUAACAAUAAUGAUAACGGUAACGACAAUGAUAACGAUAAUGGUAACAGUAACAAAAAUAGUAACCACAACAUUAACGAUAACAGUAACGGUAACGAUAACAAUAAUGGUAACCAUGAAGGUAAAAGUGAUGGUGAUGGAAACCAUGACGGCUACGGUGACAGUGACAGUGAAUGUGACGGUUACAAUGACAAUUAUAGUAACAAUGACGAUGAGAAUCACGAUGACGAUGACGAUUAUGGUGGUGAAGGUGACAAUGACAAUUACGGUGACAAUGAUAGUGACAGUGACAGUUACUAUAACGAUGAUGGUGACGGGGAUGGUUACGGUGACAGUGAUAGUGACAGUUAUCGUGACAGUUAUGGUGAAGGUGAUGAUGACAGUGAUAGUGACGGUGAUAGUGAUAUUAUGGUGACUGUUACAAUGAGUGACAGUGACGGUAAUGAUGACGGUGACAAUGACAGUGACGGUGAUGAUGACGGUAACAGUGACAAUGAUGAUGACGGUAACAGUGACGAUAACGGUGACGAUGACAAUGAUUGUGACAGUAACGGUGAUAGUGACAAACAUGAUGACGGUGACAGUAUGACAUAG